AUGUCAACUAACAAAGCUGGUUAUACUAAAUCUAAAACUGUACAAAAAAUUAACCAACCCAGUAAUCAAUUAUUCGAUGAACUAAUUCCGUCCAACACUGUAUUGCAACCAAAAUCAAAAACAAAACGCGCUGUCUCCUCAACACCGACUACUCCGACCACUCCGACCAGCCACCAAGCUGUAAUAAAGAAAACUACAAAAAUAGAACUACCUCCGCCAAUAUAUUUUAAAGGAGUAAAGAACUAUUCCGAUCUUAGGCAAACAAUUUCUGAUCAAAUUGAACCCGGAAGGUACAUUUGUAAAUCAAAUGUCACUCAUAUAAAAAUUCAAACAAAUACUCCCGAUAAUUACUGA